ACAAUAAUUCAUCACGAAUAACCUCUUGGGCUUCGAGCGAGCAUCGGAGAAAGCAGACAGAUGUUGAGUUGUUCUUCAUCGGCGUUCCAAAGAGUAGCCUUUAUGCUAAUGGCUCCCAAAUUAAAACCUCAGAGACUCCAUCAAAUUGCAGAGACUGGUGUAGAACAAUUGGUUAAGAAAGCUAGGACGAUGAGUACUGAAUCCUCCAUGAAAGAUGCUUUCUCUACUUACGCUGAUUAUCUCAAUAACUUCAAUGAGAAGAGGGAAAGAGUUGUGAAGGCAAGUCGUGAUAUCACAAUGAACAGUAAAAAAGUUAUCUUUCAGGUUCACAGGCUUAGUAAAGACAACAAAGAGGAGGUUUUGGAGAAAGCAGGGAAGGAUUUAGAAGCAGUGAGGGAUCAACAUUUUGCCCGGCUAAUGAGAGAACUUCAAGGGACUGAUUUUUGGAAGUUGAGACGAGCUUAUUCCCCAGGGGUGCAGGAAUAUGUUGAGGCUGCAACGUUUUAUAAGUUCUGUUUGUCUGGGACUCUAUGUACUCUCGAUGAGAUUAACACAACGCUUGUACCACUUAGUGACCCUUCUUUAGAGCCGUUGCAGAUCAAUAUCCUUGACUAUAUUCUUGGGCUUGCGGAUCUGACUGGAGAGCUAAUGCGAAUGGCAAUUGGUCGCAUAUCAGAUGGUGAAAUCGAAUUCGCGCAGAGGAUUUGCCAGUUUGUUCGACAGAUUCAUAGGGAACUUAUGCUAGUUGUGCCAAAGAUGGAUGACAGUUACGACAUGAAAUCCAAGAUGGAAGUGAUGCUUCAAAGUGUGAUCAAAAUAGAGAACGCUUGCUUUAGCGUCCACGUGAGAGGAUCAGAGUAUAUUCCGCUGCUUGGAGAUGAUGCGCCAACAUCGUACCUAUUGGGAGCUGCUGAUGUCGAAGACAGAAGCUUUUAUGCAGAGUAUCUCUAUCAAUACCAAGGCUUUUGGUACCCACCAAAUCUCUUAGAAGGUGUUCUAUACAGCCAGAAGCAUUUUCAGGCCAGAGAUUCAGACAUCAUCCUUGUAAGCAGUCCUAAAUCAGGUACAACUUGGUUGAAAUCACUCGUCUUUGCUCUGAUUCAUAGACAGGAAUUCCAAACCCCUCUAGAAUCACAUCCUCUGCUCGAUAACAACCCGCAUACUCUCGUGACCUUUAUCGAAGGUUUCCAGUUUCACACUCAAGAUACUUCUCCUAGUAUCUUCUCUACACACAUUCCUCUAGGGUCACUCCCAGAGUCUGUUAAGGACUCGUCCUGUAAAGUUGUGUAUUGCUGCAGGAACCCAAAGGACGCUUUUGUCUCACUUUGGCAUUUCGUGAAACGUUUGACUCUCAAGGAGAUGGUUGGAUGCACAAUGGAGGAAAUGGUGAGUGGUUUUUGCAGAGGGUCAAGUGUUUAUGGACCGUUUUGGGAUCAUGCAUUAGAGUACUGGAAAGAAAGCCGAGAAAACCCGAAAAAGGUUAUGUUUGUUAUGUAUGAAGAGAUGAGAGAGCAGCCUCAGAAUUCGGUGAUACGGAUCGCUGAGUUCUUGGGAUGGCCAUUCACAGAGGAAGAGAUAGAGAAUGGAGUUCUGGAAGAUAUCGUAAAGCUGUGUAGUCUUGAGAAUCUGAGUAAAUUGGAGGUUAAUGAGAAGGGUAAGUUAGUGAAUGGAAUGGAGACUAAGGCAUUUUUUAGGAAAGGAGAGAUUGGUGGAUGGAGAGAUACUUUAACUCCUUUAUUAGCAGAGGAAAUUGAUAAAACCACUGAGCAGAAACUAAUUGGUUCUGAUUUUAGAUUCUUUUGCUAAGAACCUGCUUUGAUAAAUCUUAUUUUUCAAU